AUGUUGCCCACCUUCGUCGCAUGGUCCGGGUUCCCCACCGAAACGGGGUACAACUUCAUCGCCAUCAUGAACAGCGCGUCGUUCCUCGGCCGGGUGCUGCCUGGGUUGGUGGGCGACCGGCUGGGCCACUUCAACGUGCUGCUCUCGAUGUUGGCGGUCACUUUAAUAUCCACCGCCGUCACCCUCGUGCCGUUUGGGACUUCUCACAUUGCGGCACUCUACGUUUUUUUCCGUGGCUUGGGGACUGGGUUCUGGUUCUUUCUUGUCCCUUACGCCGGUCUUUGCCCUCUUGAUAACGGUACGUCCAUGUCGGUACCCAUCGGCGGUCAAAUGCUGGAGACCCUGGGUGCCACGGCUCUGUGCUAA